UCUCUCUCUCUCGCUACUUGAUGUCCAGACUCCUGCAGUCUGAGGAGCAGCUCGGUGCAGCAGGAUGUCGGAGCUGCGGGAGCUGAGCUCGCUGGUCUGGCGGCGUCAGGCUGCGGCUGCCGCUCGGAUCUCGGAGCUGAUGGACGGAGCGCUGGCGGACUACAAGAAGCAGAUCUCCCGUUUGAAAAAAGACAACAAGCGACAGAGGAAGCUCCUGGACGCGCUUUUACACCCCGGAGCCCGGCUGUUCCCGACAGUGUUGCCCAAGCAGCUGCUGCUGAAUAAAGAAGAGAAGCAGGAGUGGAGCCCCAGUGUGGACCAGGAGCAGCCAGAGCCGCCACACGUUAAAGAGGAGCAGCAGGAGCUCUGGGCCAGUCAGGAGGCAGAGCAGCUACAAGAUAUCAAGUUCCCAUUCACCGAUGUCACUGUGAAGAGUGAAGAUGAUGGAGAGGAAGCGGCCAGGAACGUAGAUCCAGCUGCUGAUUUCCAUCCAGCUAGUAAUGGCCAGCUCCUCUCCUCACACUCCUCUGACUCUGAGACUGAUGACAGUGAACAUUACGUGGAGGAGGCUGGAGAAUCUCAGUCAGGUUCAUCCUCAGUGAGUGAAGUCCUUGUCAGCCUUGGCAGAUCUGAUGUUAUAGAGAAACCAUCUUCCUCCUCUGUGAACAAAAACACAAGAGUGCAACAGUGGAAGUGCCAUGUUUGUGGUUCAAGCUUUAAAAAGAGACAGAAGUUAAAUAAGCACAUGAGGAUGCACAAGAGAGAGAAACCAUUCAGCUGCCCAUUUUGUGCUCUUAGAUUUUCACAUAAAAGGAGCUUAAACAGACACAUAAGAAACCACAUAGGAGAGAAACCAUUUAGCUGCUCAGAAUGUCACAAAAGUUUUUCAGAUAAGCGUAUCUUAGAAAGGCACUUGAGAGUCCACACAGGAGAGAGACCGUUCACCUGCUCAGUUUGUCAUAAAGGUUUUAGAGAUAAACCUUCUGUAAAAGUACACAUGAGAGUUCACACAGGAGAGAAACCAUUUAGCUGCUCAGAAUGUGACAAAAGCUUUUCAGAUAAGCGUAUCUUACAAAGGCACAUGAAAGUCCACACAGAAGAGAGACCGUUCAGCUGCUCAGUUUGUCAUAAAGGUUUUAAAGAUAAACCUUCUGUAAAAGUACACAUGAGACUCCACACAGGAGAGAAACCAUUUAGCUGCUCAGAAUGUGACAAAAGAUUUUCAGAUAAGCGUGUCUUACAAAGGCACAUGAAAGUCCACACAGAAGAGAGACCGCUCAGCUGCAGUGUGUCUGAGUGAAGUUACAGCCAGUGUGGACAUCUUAAACAGUAUAAGUGUGAUGGUAAGAGCUGCAGAGCUGCUACUUCAGCUGGACUGUUCAACCGGACAAUAAAGCAGAAAACUUGCUGAGAGUCCAUCACUCAGGGCGAGUAAAGUCAAACCCUCGUCAGUCAGUGUUGCAGUUGGAGAUGCAGCCACGUCUGAACACUGCUCACACACAUCUUGUGUUACUGCAGCCUCAUGUAAGAGAGCAAAUCUUGUUUUUGCUGUUUGGCUCAAAGUCAAUUUUCUGUUCCCAUGUCGGUUUGAUUUUCUGCUACAUGUCAGUUAACGUCACGGGCAGGAACUCAGCAUUUCUUAUUCUUUGAUGGAAUUCUGUUUUCACACGUGGAUUUUGUACAGUGGUUACACACUUGACUCUAACGGGAGACAUUUUUAACAUGUUAAUGGUGAACAGUUCAACAGUGAAGGGAAAUCUUAAUGCUUCAGCACACCGAGACAUUUUGGACAAUUCUCU